AUGGAAAUUAAAGACAUUGUGACAUCCGUCACCAAACCAGGUCGAAAGUUUACCUUCACUCUUUUACCGAAACACUUUGAGGAAUCAUCAGAGUCAUCAGAGGAAGAUCCCUCGGAGGAGGGGAACGAGGAAGAGCCCUUGGAGGAGGAGAACAAGGAACAACCCAUGGAGGAGGAGAACAAGGAAAAGCCUUCCAAGGAGCCGACAGAGGAUGACCCGUCUGAAGAACCCCAGGAGGAGUUACCCGAGGAGGAUGAGGACUCGGAUACCGUAUCUGAUGCUCGUUGUGGACCUGAACCGGGAUGCAUCCAUCGUGAACACUCACCCGAUCCGGAGGAAUCGACUAGCACUUGCGAGAGCAAGGUUGGAUCCAAGUGGCGCUCAGUCUAG